AUGCCCGCGCCCCCGGACCCGUCGGAUCCCGCCGCCGCCGAGCCGCCGCCCGCCGCCGCCGCUGCCGAUGAGGAGGAGGACGACCGCGUCUUCCUCGUGCCCCUCAGGUGGUGGAAGGAGGCGCAGGAGGGAUCGGCGAUUGACGCGCCCGCGCUGCCCUACGCGGCCGCGCCGGCUGGACCUACAUCCUACGGCAUGAGGGUGCUUAGUAUGUUCCUCUCGGACCAGACGUAUACGCUCCACCGCGCGGACGAGCUCCUCGAGCAGACCACCGCCUCCGCCAGGAGCUACGCGCUCCUCCCGGCCGACCUCUUCGCCAAGGCGCGGGACUGGUAUAUUGAUUCUGCCAAGUCUGCAGGCAAAAACAUGUCACCUGCUGGAGACUCCGUAAAUAUUUACCCCAUAAUGCUAAGAGUUUCAGCCACCAGAGGUACAUAUACACUAACAGUGAAGAUUGGCAAAAAGGACAACUCAACUGAGAACUUUAAGAGAGCAAAUAAGAUUCUGACUGCAGACUCUGAGACGGUUCACAUAUGGGAUUUCUCUGGGCGAACAACAUACAUAGUUAUGACUGAAUUGAACCGGUCGCCCCAUGACUCAAAAUCUGCAGAUCAGGAGAUGCCUCUACAAAUACACAUUUAUGAUUUGUCAGAACCUACGGUUAAUGGUUCUGAUGGGAAAAGAGACGAGUUAGCAUUAACAUUGGGUGGCUCAAGUUUUAGCAAUGGUGGUACUAUGAACAUGGAUCUGGAUUCAUCAAGUGGAAGCUCUAAGCAAGUUGGCUCUGGUCUAACAGGACUAGACAAUCUGGGAAACACAUGUUUCAUGAACAGUGCAGUCCAGUGCUUGGCUCAUACUUCAAAGCUGGUUGACUAUUUCCUUGGUGAUUUCCAUAAAGAAAUAAACCCACAUAACCCACUGGGGAUGAAGGGGGAACUCGCAUGCGCAUUUGGUGAUUUAUUGAGGAAGCUAUGGGCUAUUGAUAGAAGCCCCGUUGCACCUCGCCAAUUCAAAGCUAGACUUGGACGCUUUGCUCCCCAAUUCAGUGGCUUUAACCAACAUGAUUCACAGGAGCUUCUUGCUUUCCUAUUGGAUGGACUCCAUGAAGAUUUGAACCGUGUUAAAUGUAAACCAUAUUCUGAAUCCAAGGAUUCAGAUGGCAAAUCGGAUGAGGAGGGUCAGUACAAGUCAACAUUAGUUUGCCCCAUCUGCAAGAAAGUGUCUGUAACAUUUGACCCGUUUAUGUAUUUGUCUUUGCCCCUGCCUACAACAACAAUGAGAACAAUGACCAUAACAGUCUUCAGCACUGAUGGGACCAGUGGGCCAUCAUCUUACACUAUUAGUGUACCGAAAUCUGGAGAUACAAGGACCCUUAUUAAUAUGUUAAGCAAUGCUUGUUCGUUGAGAGAUGAUGAGCGCCUCCUAGUUGCUGAGGUCUACAACAAUUCCCUUAUUCGGUACUUGGACGAACCUUCUGAAGUCAUCUCCUUGAUCAGAGAUGGAGAUCGUUUGGUUGCAUAUCGGCUUCCUAAAGACAAUGAAGAUGCUCCUAUUGUGGUGUUCAGAAACCAGCGUAUGGAGUCGCCCCUUGCCAAUUUUGGGCGGAAGUCAUGGAAGACUUUUGGCACUCCACUUGUGUCAAGCCUUCCCGAUACCGUAACUGGAAGUACUAUUUGCAAUCUUUUCCUAAAGGUUAUGACUCCGUUCAGAGUAUCAAGAGAUGAUGUUGCCGAUGCUGAUAAAACAAUUGGCGAAAGCAGUCUGGUUGAUGAAACUGCAGAUAGCAAUAUGAGCUCUGAUGCCUCAGAGCCCACCACUAUAAACAACAAUUCUGUCGAGGAUGAAACAGGGACUGAAGAUGUGAUGCAAUUUUUCCUGACUAAUGAGAGGUUCCCAGACCAACGCAUGAAGAUAGAAAUGGAUCUAUCCAUUACGGUGAAAGAUCCGCAUAUGCGUCUGCAUGUGGCUGUGUGUUGGGAGGACAAUGGACUGGAUCAAUAUGAUCUUAGUUCUUUGGAUUCUCUUCCAGAAGUUUACAAAGCGGUGCUAUUUUCUAGGAGGCCACAGGACACAUGUUCUCUAUAUGCAUGUCUGGAAGCUUUUAUUAAGGAAGAACCAUUAGGCCCAGAAGACAUGUGGUACUGCCCAGGUUGUAAAGAGCAUCAACAAGCUAGUAAGAAGUUAGACCUUUGGAGAUUACCUGAAAUCCUUAUAAUACACCUGAAAAGAUUUUCGUACAGUCGGUACACCAAAAACAAGUUGGAGACCUUUGUGGACUUCCCAAUUCAUGAUCUUGACCUGUCAAAGUACAUCGGUCACAGAUGCCAAGAUGUUCCUCACAAUUAUCGACUGUAUGCUAUUAGCAACCACUAUGGAAGCUUGGGAGGUGGUCACUAUACAGCUUAUGUUUAUCAUGAAGGGAAAAAAGGGUGGUAUGAUUUCGAUGACCGUCAUGUGGGUCCUAUAACCGAGGACAGUAUAAAGACAUCGGCGGCUUAUGUUCUUUUUUACCGGCGGAAACAGGAGGAUAGCUUAGAUACAGGUACAGACAUAGAUUCUGAUAUUCCAACUUGA